AUGAGUUUUAAUUUUACUCCAAAUCAAGCUUCACAAGGUGCAAAUUAUGCUGGACGAGCUAUGAAUGCAUUUCAAUCAGCUGUUAAUAUUGAUAAUGAACAGCCACAACUUGAAGGAACAACAUUUUGGUUUCGUUGGUUUAUUCGAGUUGUUGCUGUUGUGACUGGAAUUCUUGCAAUGAUAUGUGGGCUGUUCGGAGCAUUGAGUAUAUCACCAUUCUGUAUUCUUGCUGGUGUUAUAAUGAUAUUUCUUGGUUUUGCAUUAAUUAUGUUUGAAGUACCAAUUUGUUGUCAAUUUGUACGAUAUACACAACCGGCGGCACAAUUUUCUCAACAACGUCCACCAUGGCAAAAGGCUGCACUCUAUUCAAUACCACCUCUUAUACCUCUUAUGUUAUGUCAGUCAUUAAGUAUUGUACUUGGUUUCAUUUGCUUACUUGUUAAUGGAGCUAUACAAUUUAUGUUGGCUGUUGGCAAAAAAGCACCAUUAGAAGAAAUGCUUCAACGAGCAGGUGUAGGUGUUAAUAAUCGUGGACAACCAGUACCUGAAGGUCCUCCAAUAAAUGUUCCAAGUAGUAGUACUGGUGAUAAAGGUUUUAAUUUUACUCCAUUACCUUAA